GCGCCCGCGCCGCCAUGGGCACCCCGCUCCUGCUCGCCUGCCUGCUGGCCCCGCUCUGGGCUCGGGGCGCCGCGGCCCCGGGCGGCCCCCCGCUGCGCCAGGCCUGGCGGCACCCGGAGGGGCCCCGGCGGGUGAAGAGGGCCUGGGUGAUCCCCCCCAUCAGCGUCUCCGAGAACCACAAGCGCAUCCCCCACCUCCUGGUGCAGAUCAAGUCGGACAAGCAGCAGCCCGGGGGGGUGAUCUACAGCAUCAAGGGGCCCGGGGUGGACGAGGAGCCCGUGGGCAUCUUCUCCAUCGACAAGUUCAGCGGCAAGGUCUUCCUCAACGCCAUGCUGGACCGCGAGGAGAACGACCGCUACCGGCUGAAGGCCUUCGCGCUGGACCUGGGCGGCACGACGCUGGAGGACCCCACCGACCUGGAGAUCAUCGUGGUGGACCAGAACGACAACCGGCCGCUCUUCCGGCAGGACGUCUUCACGGGGCACGUGGUGGAGGGGGCCGAGGCAGGGACCUGCGUGAUGAGGGCGGAGGCCACAGACGCCGAUGACCCCGAGACGGACAACGCGGCGCUGCGGUACUCCAUCCUGGAGCAGGGCUCCGCCGGCAUGUUCAGCAUCAACGCCACCACCGGCGAGAUCUGCACCGCGCGGGCCGGCCUCGACCGCGAGGCCGUGGGGGUCUACAACCUGACGCUGCAGGUGGCCGACAUGUCCGGGGACGGGCUGGCCACCACCGCCACGGCCGUCAUCUACCUGGAGGACAUCAACGACAACCCCCCCGAGUUCACCAAGGAGGAGUUCGCCAUGGAGGUGCCGGAGCAGGCGGCCGGCGUGGAGGUGGGCAAGGUCUUGGUGCACGACAAGGACCUGGCCGGCUCGCCCAACUGGCUGGCCAAAUUCACCAUCCUGGAGGGCGACCCCGAGGGCGCCUUCGCCAUCCGCACCGACCCCUACACCAACGACGGCGUGAUCUCCGUGGCCAAGCCGCUGGACCACGAGGCGCGGGACCGCUUCGAGCUCACGGUGUCGGUGCAGAACGAGGGGCCCGCGGCGCCGGCGGCGCCGGGCAGCCCCCGGGCGCUGGCCACGGUGCGGGUGCGGGUGCGGGACGUCAACGAGGCGCCCGUUUUCCGCGAGAACCCCCGGCGGGUGAGCGUGCCGGAGGGCGCUCCGCCGGGCACCGAGGUCACCACGUACACGGCCAGCGACCCCGACACCCGCCAGCUCCAGACCCUGACCUACGCGCUGCUCUACGACCCGGCCGACUGGCUGCAGCUGGACCCGCGCGCCGGCACCGUGCGCACCAAGCGGGCGCUGCUGCACCCCGCCGCCUUCCUGCAAGGCGGCUGGUACAUCGCCCUGGUGCUGGCCCGCGACGACGCCCAGCCGCCGCUCUCGGCCACCGGCACCCUCUCCAUCGAGAUCGUGGAGGUGAACGACCACGCGCCCCUGCUGCAGCCGCCCGCCGGCGCCCUGUGCGGCCGCCCCGGCCCCGGCGGCAGCCUGCUGCUGGGGGCCACCGACGAGGACCGGCCCCCCCACGGCGCCCCCUUCCACUUCCAGCUGAGCCCCCAGCACCCCCAGCUCGCCCGCAACUGGAGCGUCGCCCGAUACAAUGUGACCCACGCGGUGCUGGCGCCGCUGGUGGAGCUGCCCGAGGGGCCCUACUCGCUGCCGCUGCUGCUGCGGGACUCGGGGACCCCCCCGCGGGAGCGGCGGCAGCUGCUCAACGUCUCCGUGUGCCCCUGCGGCCCCGACGGCGCCUGCGAGCACGGCGUCCCGGCCGCUGCCAGCGCCGGCGCCGGUGUCGCCCUCGGCGCCCUCCUCGCCAUCCUCGGCAGCGGCCUCCUCCUCCUGCUGCUGGCGCUGCUGGGGGCGGCGCGGGAGCGCGGGCGCCGCCGGGCCCUGCGCGAGGGGCUGCUGCGGCGCUCCCGGGACGACGUGCGCGACAACGUCCUCAACUACGACGAGCAGGGCGGCGGCGAGGAGGACCAGGACGCCUACGACAUCAACCAGCUGCGGCACCCGCAGCUCUUCGCGCCGCGGGGCAAGGGCCCGGCGCGCCGCGACGCCCCGCUGGGCUCGGUCGCCCCGCCGGCGCCCCGCCGGCUGCCCGGCGGCCCCGCCGACAUCGAGGACUUCAUCAACGAGGGCCUGGAGGCGGCCGACGGGGACCCCAGCGUGCCGCCCUACGACACGGCGCUCAUCUACGACUACGAGGGCUCGGGCUCGGUCGCCAGCCCCCUCAGCUCCAUCGUCUCCAGCCUCGCGGACGAGGACCAGGACUACGACUACCUGAGCGAGUGGGGGCCGCGCUUCCGCCGCCUCGCCGACCUCUACGGGCAGUAGCGGGGCCGCCCCGGGGCGCCCGGCUCCCCGCGGGGCGGAGCGGCGGGGGCAGGGGGGCUUGCACACGCGUGUGCAUGAGCUGCCCAGGCCCUGAGGUCUGCACGUGUGCACACACCAGGAGGUGCCUAGCCGUGUGGGUUUACACGCACGUGUGCACCAGGAAGGUCCCUCCUGCAGGGGUUUGCACACGUGCGUGCACCAGUAUGGGCCCUGAUCCAGGGGAUUUGCACGCGCGUGUGCACCAGGAGGGGCCUGGGCACGGAGCAGCCGAGUCGCAGCGGUGCAGGAGGGACCUUGAGCCCAGCGGAUCCGGCCCGAGGAAGGGGGCCGCGGGGGCAGCCCCCACGGGGAGGCCCGGCGGAUGCGCGCUUGCCCGACGCUGGCCCCAUGGAGCCGGGGGGGCUGCGCAAAAGCCGCCCCCACCGCCCAAAGCCAAAGGACUGCAGCGAGGGUGCAAGGAAACCCCCGGUCCCCCCCUCUGCAAUAAAGAUCCCUGGAGAAGGGGGCUGAAUGCUGGGGGGUCCCACGCCGAGGCAGC